AUUUUAAACUCUGCUUCUUCUUCGCCUGCGACUUUUCUCUAUUUCAAAAAGAAAAUAUAAAAAAGGCAUAAACCCUAGCUGAGAAUCUAGGGUUUGCAUUCGAUUAUCUUCAGCCAUGACGACGCCUUACGGAGCUGCAACCAGCACUGUUAUACGAAGUGAUCCAAAGAUUCAAGUCCACAACUUUAUCGGCUUGAAAGCUUCGCAUUCUCUCGCUUUCAACAAAAAUUCAGCCCCUUUUCUGCUUCGAAAAUCAAGGCCACCGGUUAUUCGAGCUGUUUCCACGCCAACGAAGACUGACACUGCAACCGAAACUAAGCGUAGCAAGGUUGAAAUAAUCAAAGAAGGAAGCAAUUACAUAAGAUACCCUCUUAAUGAGGAGCUGUUGACAGAUGCUCCUAAUAUAAAUGAGGCUGCCACCCAGCUUAUUAAGUUCCAUGGAAGUUACCAACAGUAUAAUAGAGAUGAGCGUGGUGCCAGGUCUUAUUCGUUUAUGCUUCGGACUAAGAAUCCAUGUGGGAAAGUCUCGAACGAACUUUACUUGACUAUGGAUGAUCUUGCUGAUCAGUUUGGGAUUGGAACACUUCGCUUGACCACGAGACAAACAUUUCAGCUCCACGGUGUGCUGAAGAAGGACCUUAAAACGGUGAUGAGCAGUAUUAUUAGAAGUAUGGGUUCAACUCUUGGUGCUUGUGGUGAUCUCAACAGGAAUGUCCUUGCUCCUGCAGCUCCUAUUGCAAGAAAAGAUUACCUAUUUGCACAGGAAACAGCAGAGAAUAUUGCUGCACUUCUAACUCCUCAGUCAGGUUUUUAUUAUGACAUGUGGGUGGAUGGAGAGAAAAUCUUGACAGCAGAACCUCCAGAAGUAGUGAAGGCUCGCAAUGAUAAUUCUCAUGGAACAAAUUUCCCUGAUUCACCCGAGCUCAUCUAUGGAACUCAGUUCUUGCCAAGGAAGUUCAAAAUUGCUGUCACUGUGCCAGGAGAUAACUCAGUGGAUGUUCUGACAAAUGAUAUUGGUGUUGUUGUUGUUUCCGAUGAGAAUGGGGAGCCUCAGGGAUUUAACAUAUAUGUUGGUGGUGGUAUGGGAAGAACACAUAGGUUGGAGACAACUUUCCCUCGUUUGGCAGAACCUUUGGGUUAUGUGCCAAAGGAUGACAUUUUAUAUGCUGUCAAAGCCAUAGUUGUUACACAACGAGAAAAUGGGAGAAGAGAUGAUCGCAAAUAUAGUAGGAUGAAAUAUUUGAUAAGUUCCUGGGGGAUUGAAAAGUUUAGAAGUGUAGUUGAGCAAUAUUAUGGAAAGAAAUUUGAGCCUUUCCGUGAGUUGCCUGAGUGGGAAUUUAAGAGUUACUUGGGUUGGCAUGAACAGGGAGAUGGCAAUUUAUAUUGUGGGCUCCAUGUAGAUAAUGGCCGAAUUGGAGGGGAAAUGAAGAAGACACUGAGAGAAGUAAUAGAAAAGUAUAAUCUGAAUGUUCGUAUCACCCCAAAUCAGAACCUUAUCCUGUGCAACAUUCGCAGUGCGUGGAAGCGUAACAUUACCACAGCUCUUGCACAGGCUGGUCUGCUGCUUCCUAGAUAUGUGGAUCCCCUAAACAUAACUGCUAUGGCUUGCCCGGCUUUCCCUCUUUGCCCAUUGGCAAUAACUGAGGCUGAACGUGGAAUACCUGGAAUCCUUAAGCGUGUUCGAGCUGUAUUGGAGAAGGUUGGUCUCAAGUACAAUGAAUCUGUGGUAAUAAGGGUGACUGGAUGCCCUAAUGGUUGCGCUAGGCCUUACAUGGCUGAACUUGGACUGGUUGGUGAUGGUCCCAACAGCUAUCAGAUUUGGCUUGGGGGAAGACCUAACCAAACCCAACUUGCAAGAAGUUUUAUGGAUAAAGUCAAGGUUCAGGACCUUGAAAACGUUUUGGAACCCUUGUUUUAUAAUUGGAAACGAAAAAGACAAUCCAAAGAAUCAUUUGGCGACUUCACUACCCGCAUGGGAUUUGACAAACUAAAAGAGUUGGUGGAAAAAUGGGAAGGUCCAGUGGUCGGACCAUCAAGGUACAACCUGAAACUCUUUGCUGAUAGAGAAACAUAUGAAGCCAUGGAUGAACUAGCAAAGUUGCAGAACAAGAAUGCUCAUCAGCUGGCAAUAGAAGUCAUUCGCAAUUUUGUUGCUGCCCAGCAAAAUGGCAAAAGUGAAUGAAUGAACUAUUGAAGUCAUUUAAAAUCUUGUAGAGGGAUUCGCUCUCCCUCCCUUUGUCUACAGGCUGUUACCAUUCGGUAACACAUCUGAAACAGAUAAAGGAUUGGUUUUGAAACGAGUUUGUGCAAGGAUUUUCAGUGUUUUUUACCUGAUUCGAAUUUUGUACCAAUAAAUGUGAGAAUGUGAGCUCCUGUUCUAUCUUCU